UCAUUGUCUCUCCACAGCUGUGCAAGAUUUCAUCGUUGCUUCUUGUUCAAACUAGACUUUUAUAUUGAAUAAUAUUUAAACCAUAAUGCCUCCGACAAAAGUAACACUCAUUAGCUAAGUCUCCGAUGAACAAUCACUAGAUCGUGUGAAGAUUUACCACGUGCUUAGGAUAAUGUUGAGUGAGUCAUGCGGUCACGUUUAUGUUACGAGUUCCAGCCGCUGUAGUGCAGACUAAUGAGUCUUCUUUGAUUGGGUUUCUCUGAGUGAAGGUCGUUCGUAUCUAUUACCUCCGUGUCAGUUGUUAUUAAUAAUAACUAACGCACUGAAUCAUCUGGUAAAAAUAUGAGCGAGUCAUUAUGUAAAUAAAUAAAGUAUGGUACUAUAUUCUCUACUGAUCUCUCUGGAAAUUUCGGUCUAUAAUAUAUUGAUAGCAACUGCCUCUCACAAUAUAUUAUAUUAAUAGCAACUGCCUCUCACUAUUUUUACUGUGUUUUUUUUGGGCAGUCUCAUGGAAAUAAUGACCAUAGAUUUUUAUAUAAAACAUGAACGAACUUUACUAAAUGCUAUAAAAUUACUCCAUUUUCACAUAGGAAGAAAGAAGCUAUUUCAGUAACUUUUCCUCCUAUGACGAUAGAGUAAAUGUUGCAUGAGUGCUGCUGAUCAGUCACAAUGAAUUCCAGAUACUUCAACGCUGGUUCCAAUAUCCGUAGAGUUGAUCAUAACUUCCUAUAAUGAAUAAAUAUAAUCAUACAUACAUCAUAAUUAUACAAUUAUAGAUUAUGCGAAUAAAUUAUAAUAAAACAACUUCACAGAGAUUUAACUGCAUAUUUAAAAACCAUAAAAUUCCCUCAUAUCAAUUAGUGAGACUUUACCUUCAUGUUAAUUAACUUUUUGCAUUAUUGUGUGUCAACCUGACUCAGUUUGGCAAUUAAAACGCACCGAGCAAUGCUAUGUCUGUUCUCUGCUCAUGCUGUGUAUAAGAAAGGCAUGUAUUAUUAUGAUAAUAUUGCCCAAUAAUUUUUUUGUGAGGUGCCUGGAACCACAAAAGUCUAAAAGUAUUGUAUAUGUACAUUACAGUGAUCAUUAUUCCCGGCGAACUGCAGAACCGCUAUAUGAUUGGUGUUUUGUGGUCAUGCAGCGAUUGAUGGAUGUACGAUUAUAAAUUUCAUCAUAAAUUCCUUCCUUCCUACGCAUACAAAACUCGGGCAAGAAUAAUUUAAAAGAAACAAAAAACGAUUCUAUAAUUUCGAAAAUAUCAACUUUAAAAAUGUGAGUUGUUAAAUCAUGUGCAACAAUUAUGAAUUUUUUUUUUCAAAUUAAUGAACAGUGAUACCGAAGUUCUCCUAAAUUAUCAUUGAAGAUGCACGAGACACACCAAAGAAUAUAAAACAUUUGAAAUAAACAAUUCUCUCUCAAGUUUGAUCCACUGUAAGCACGGACAAGUUUGCGCGGCGCGGUGAUGACAGAAGCAAGGAGAUGAAACUGCGAGGUUGGAGCGUAGCCACCUCGUGGACGGUGACGGUGUUGUGGUGCGUGGUGAGUGUUGGGGUGUCCAUAACCUCCUUGGUGGCUCUAGCUUUACCCACGUGGUUCAUCAGGCCUAAUCCACCUGCUGCAUCCUUCGGGGUGUGGUGGUGGAGUGGACCUGGCCGUAUCCAGUGGGUAGAUGAAACAAAAUAUGAAAUCCCCCCACCCGCGCAACAUCAAGAUCAUUGGCUGCAGGAACUGGCUUUGCCGUACGUUGUUUCCGCCCAAGAUAAUUUGCAUGAAUCUGAGAUGUCCAGUGAUCCAUACCGUGUUGCGGUGACGGACAACUUCUUCCAAGUGCGGUGGAGCAUCACUGGAGGUGCGAGUAUCUGGAUCAUCGUCGGGGCGCUGUACGGCGGCGCCGCUGUGGUUCUCGCCAGCACGGGGCUGGCUGGACCUCUCAUGAUCCCGAUCCUCAAGCCCAAAGCCCGCAGCUCCUUCACGAGGCUACUGAGCAACAUGCAGGCAGCCGCUGUGAGCGUUCAGCUGCUGAGUUUGGUGCUGUACCCCCUGGGGCUGGGCUCAGAGUUUGCCCGGCAAGUGUGUGGGGAAGAACACACCACCAUCUACAGCUGCGGGGACUGCUCCCUGGGAUACGGAUACUUCCUGGCGAUUGUGUCAACUACCGUAGCCGCCUACUGCCCCGUCCUCGCCAGACUAAUAACAUACCGGGACUAUUCGCCUUACUGGUCCUCCGUCAACUACUUAUAGUACUCUUCACGCUAGGGGUAUACUCAUGGUAGCGCAUGCGGUCGUUUACCGCUGUUGUAUUACUAGGCAGAGACAUCAUACUCUACUCGUCCUUUAACAAACUCUUAACUUAUCAUCCAUGUUGCAUACUAAUAAUUGAUUAUUUGUUGCUGGAGAAUGCCCACGAUCGCUUUACAUUGCCACUUUUACAUUUCCAUCUGUUUAAUAUGGGCAAAAAAAUUAUUUUCUUAUUUUGAAUGUCUUCCUUCAGUGAAUUAAUUAGGAUGUCACCAAUGUGAUCAUAUUGCACUAGAUCAAAUUUUUUAUUAUUGGUGUACGUGAAGAGUAUGAAAAUUGUGCCGUUGUAAUAUGCGUAUCUCGCUGACAAAAAUAAAACACUUAAUUAAACUACUAGUAAAUUUUAACAUAUCUAUUUCAAAAAGCUCGUGCGUUGGAUUAUAUAAAUUUCUAGCUAUUCGUAAGAUGUAACUUGUUAAUUUCAAGCUUUCAAUAUUGGAAGAAUUCGCUUUCCAUGACCUGACUUGCCUGCUGAAAUUUCGCGUAUACGAUAAUAAAAGAUACGAAGAGCUCAGUGAUUAAAUAAAUGUUUUUUAUUGGGAUUAUUCCAAAAAAAGCUAACAAGAGCAAAACGAUUAGCACAAAAGGUUUCAAAAAAAUCUUCAUCAUUAACAUUUCGUGCAUGAACUAAGAUGUCAUACAUAACAAUCUCGUCUCUUCCGAUUGGCGUUUCUGAAAAAGCUUAUUUGCACAGAAAAUGUCAAUUGAACGCACGUACAUUACCGAACUAUUUUAAAUUAACGACGGAUAGUUCGCCGAAUGAACUAUAUUAAACGUACUGUUUGUUAGAAGCGGAUAGAUACGCGUAAGUAUUUUCAUAAGAUGAUAAUUUGAAAAAUCGGUCAAUUUUGAUUUGUACACUUUCCUUCCAGUUUUUCUCGCUUGCAGUUCAAUCGAGCCAAAUGAAGAAAGGUUGAAAAACCCUAAAAAUUUUUAUUUAUAUAAUGCAGCCAAAGCAUUUCUCCCGAUUAUUUAAUGUGUUGAUCAGGCUACGUAAAUUAUAACUUGUGAUGUAAAUAAUGUACCUAAAAAUUUGUAUGACGUAAGUGUUUAAAGUUGCGUGUCCAGUUAAAUGUUCUACAUGCGACGUUUAGUUUUUUGUUCGCCGCGAUAAAGUCUAUGUAAAUGACACAUGCACAUGAUUGCCGUUAUUUUGUUCGUCGCAGUUGGAAAUUUUUUUAAGUGUCACUUUUGGGCACUCAUUUUCAAUAAUUUUUAUUGGAUAGUGUAGAAACUAGCAUCUUGACUGUUGUAACCGUGAAAAAAUGUUUGAAUUUGUUUUGAUACGUUAAUAACGAUCGUUUCCGUGCCCACAGCAUAGCUCUUCUUCAAAGUUAGACGAGCAAAUUUUUAUCGGAGAAUGGUUGUGUCUAGCGAUUAUCAGUAUCAUUUAUUACUAUUAUCGUAUUUCUUUUUCAUAUAAGCAAUGUUUUCUGUA